AUGCAAUGGACUCUUGAUGAGCGAGAGAUCCGAGGAUGGACUGAUGGCGAUGCAUUUCGUGAGCUGUACCUAUUCUGGAAGGAUGCAAUCGCCGAAUCCUUCGGCCUGGAUGGUGGAUUCAUUCAAACCCACCGGGAGACAGCCGACUCGAUCUUCGUGACCGCAACUGCUCGAGAGGUUUCCGGGUAUCUGGGAUUUAUCGAGUUCUCCAAAAAGACUGGGCGCGUCUCGCUGGUCGCCGCGGAUGCUCAUUUGCUCUCAACCAAUACAGCUGAAGCCAAAGUCAAAGCCCGUGCUCCCGAUGUGACGAACGAGGACCUCUUCACCUUCCGGAACCCGCGGCUGAAGCUGGCUGCUCUGUACCUGAACAGAGACGGGCAUCAGGUGUCGAUCAUCGCCUGGGGUCGCUUUUGGCUUUUCCCGCCGCAACAGGCGGAUUCGCCGCUCCUGUGUGAAACCGGAUACAGGGAUCAGGACACCCUGGUCGGGAGCCAGCGGGAGCAAGAGGCCAAGCCCCUGUUAGUGAUGCAAGCUCGUGAGUCGAAGGAUGUUGCCAUUUUUCUGGAUCGGGACACGAACUAUGUCACCAGGCUCACUUUCGCACUAUGGAUGGGCAUGGCCUUUGAUAUCCGAGGCGUGACAGACUCGUGGAACACCAUCACGACUGACUACGGAGACAUUCUGUUCUACCCGAGGUACGCGAACAAGCUGUUCCUCGAGGGAGUACGUUUGCCGGAGACUACGCUGGGGAAAGGAGUGUUCCAAUAUGGCUACAAUUUCCGCCGUGCUCCGGUCUCCGCGAGCAGAAGAAGCCUCAUCGACUCACAGGCAGAGGCUCAGCAGCUCUGUAAUAUCUGGAAUGUUGCCAUCGAGCAACAGCACGACGACGCGUUGCGCCGGUACGCGCACCUGCAUCUGGACAAACCCCAAGCUCUGGAACUCCGAGGGGCCAACGACCACCUGACUGAGUCUACCGUCAAGGCGGUCUGGACAUAUCUGCGUCGCAUGGAUGGUGGUAACAGGUUUUAUGGCAACAACUUUUACUAUGCCGGUCUCUCACCCAAUGUAAGCCACAUCCAACGACCGACUCUCAUCUGGCUGGCCUGUUAG